CAACAAGCAUUGCGACGGAAAAAUCGGAUGCCAACAUUAUUCCCACCAUCACCAUGGGGCUUGACGAUUUCGAAAAGGAGCUCGCCGAACACAAAAAGGCCCAAGAGGAGGCUGAUCGCGACCAAACCAGCGAGACGCGCCCUCAUAAACAUCACCACCGCCGUCACCACCAUUCUCAUAGACAUCGCACCGCGUCGGGGGAAAGAUCUCGGGAUCGUGGCCACGACAAAGAACAUCGGCACCGUAGCAAACGCGAAAGAGACUCACAGCGCUCUUCCGAGCAUAUACCUAGUAAGAGAAGGCGAGAAGAUGUGGUGGGACAACCAGAAUCUCCACAGGAGGACGAAUGGAUAGAGAAGGAGACUCAGGUCGCUCCGCCGAGCGACAACGUAUUGGAUCAGAGGGACAAAGAUCUGGAGUCUACAUUGCUGAAGCGCGAUGCGUGGAUGCAGGAGCCCUCUGCGCUGGACGUGGACUUCAUUCAGCGCAAAGAGCCAAAAGCGCCAGCCAGUCAGUUUGUAAGCGCAAAGGAAAGCCAUGAUUUCAGGGUCAAUGAAGCGCAAGUCAGUCAGAAUUUGGCGGACCUGCAACGAGAUUUUGAAUCGGAUGAGGAUGAAGCAACGGAUGAUGCCGCUCGGGAGGUUGCAUUGCCAGCGCAGGUGUCGUACACAUUCGGCGACGGCGGGAGCUCGUGGCGCAUGACCAAACUGAAGGCGGUCUACAGGCAAGCGAAAGAAACUGGGAAAAGUGUGGAAGAGGUCGCCAUAGAAAGAUAUGGAAGUCUGCAAGACUUUGAUGACGCACGAGAGGAAGAAAGGGAGUUGGAGAGGCGGAACACCUAUGGCAAAGAUUAUAUCGGGCUGGAGAAACCUUCUGGAGAGCUUUUCAAAGAUCGAAUGCUGAAGUCUGAGCCUCGCGGGGACCUCCCCUCACAUAGCGACGAAGAUGAUGAGCAGGACCGCCUACAAGGCAGGUCGAUAACAGAAGCUGAGCCACCCAUGAGAACGGUACCUCUGGAUUCCACCGCGCUGAACAAGCUCAAGGCCCAGAUGCUCAAGGCGAAACUACGCAACGCACCCGAUGCGGUCCAGCUGGAAAGAGCAUACAACGCAGCAGCCAGUGCCAGCCUCGCCAACCAAGCUCAAGCAGACGUCGUGGUACUGAGUAAUAUGGACAAUCGAAUUCUGACAGGCGGCCGAGCCGGCGAGGUGACAGCAGUGUCAGGAAAACGUGGUCGCGAGCGUGGUCUAGUGGUGGAGAAUGAUAAUAUGACCAUCGAGGACAUGGUACGACAGGAGAAGCGCAAUCGAGGCGCGCAUGGCGGCGAGGGGAGAGCCUUUGCUGAGCGAAUAGCGAAAGACGGAAAAUUUGUCGACGACCUUGACUACAUGGAUGAUAAUGCCACGAAACUAUCAAAAAGAGUCGUCAAAUCCGAAGUCAAUCUCCGCAACACAGCCAUCGGUGAUUUUCAGAAGAUGGAGAAAAUCUUACAGAAUUGUCCGCUUUGCUCUCAUGAGGAUUCUGGACAACCACCCGUGGCGCCAGUGAUUAGCCUCGCCACGCGGACCUUCAUGACCUUGACAACCGAGCCCGAAGUUGCUCGCGGUGGCGCUGUCAUCGUUCCUAUACAGCAUCGCCUCAAUCUGCUUGAGUGUGAUGACGACGAAUGGGAGGAGAUGCGAAAUUUCAUGAAGUCACUUACCCGCUUCUACCACGCGCAAGACAAAAGCGUCAUUUUCUACGAGAAUGCCGCGUUCAUGUCCAGUCGGAAAGGUCAUGCAGCCCUGAUUGCAGUGCCACUGCCUCACCACUUGGCAGAGAACGCACCGGCCUACUUCAAGGAAGCAAUCCUAGCUUCGGACGAACAAUGGUCGCAACAUAAACCUAUAAUCGAUACCCUGGCACUUGUACAGAGACCUGGGUACGGAAAAGCGGCUUUUCGCAAAGCGAUGGUCAAGGAAAUGCCAUAUUUCCAUGUUUUCUUCACCCUCGACGGCGGCAUGGGCCAUGUCAUCGAAGACGAACGCCGCUGGCCCAGGGGCGACCUAUUUGCGAGAGAAGUCAUCGGUGGCAUGCUCGGAAAGGGUCACGAGGUCAUCAAAAAGCAGGGACGAUGGGAAAAGCAUGAUGGUAGGAUAGGGGCGUUCAAAAAGAAGUGGGAGAAAUUCGACUGGACUACGGUGCUGAUGGACGCACAAUGAUUGCGGGCUUUCUACAGCAGGUUUAUAUUUUGAUGCGCUUCUAUUUUCGAAGUCUGUGAGGCUCAAAUGGACGUCCGGAUUUUUCGAGCUUGAAAUCCAAAUUAUGUUCCACAAGAUCAUUGUGAAAAGAGCUUUCUUAAGGGCGCUAGCGCCCGCUGUAGCAUACACAUCGAAUCAUCCUCGAC